AUGCUGGCUGCCGGCGACAGGGUGUUCAUCCACGACCGCCGCCAAAUACUAUGCGUCAACAUGGCGCCGGCGUCGGAGCUGAAGGACGCCGUCCGGCUGUCGCCUCCCGGGGAGCGCAUCAUCGGCUGGGGCCUGGGCGCCGACGCGGCCCCGCUCGUGCUCACCAGCCACCCGGGCCUGCUCCGACUGACGGCUCGCACCGCACCCGGCGCCGACCACAGUCAGACGAUGAAUCUGUCGCUGCUGGGUCUGGAUCAGACGGCGCCGCUGUCCCAGUCCUUCAACGUGUCCUUGACCCAGGUCGACCUGGAAGAGCUGCUGACAUCCAGCUCGGAUGUCAAAGCCAAACUGCGUGCUGCCUGCAUUCUCUUCUGCAAAAACGAUUUGCCGCGGUACAGCGCGCUGGUGGAGGAGCUGUUCCCGCGGAGUGCGGCGGUCGGGCCGGACUCGGAGCUGGACCUGACGGUGGUGGCGCUCAGCCGCGACAUCAUCGACGACUACCCAGCCGCCGACCCGCGACUGCUCCAAGACGCGACCGUGUCAUCAACCACCUCGCUGAUCCUGCUGCACCAACUGGACGAUAAGCGUGAGGCGCACCGUCUCUACGUGGCCUUCCUGAAGGCGGCCGGUCUCUGGGACCGGCUGACCAGUGUUACCGACCGAGAUGCAGUGGUGACCACGACGGAGCUGUUGCACGAGCACCACGAGAAGGUGCUGUCAGCCAUGGCGCUCGCCAACGUGUCACCUCAGCUGAGUGAGGUGGUGAGUGCAGCCGUGACCCGAGUGGUGGAGGAGCGUGGGGAGCUGCCCCUGCGACCUCUGACUGCCCGCGACGUCUUCUUCUGUCAUCUUUCGGCCGUGGACGACAUCAUUAGUGCGCUGAUCGGCCGCGAGGAGGAGCUGAUGACGUCAGGGGCCACUGCGAACGAAGUGGUCCGGCUGCACGAGCUGACGCGACGCCAGGCACUGCCGGCCACCGAGCCGGGCGCCGAGCGCACCGGCCUCUACCAGCAGCUGCUGGAGCUGGCCGACCUGGUGCUGGCCGGGUAUACGGCGCAGCUGGCGGCGCUGCGCGGCACGGAGCGGCACGCCGCCGUCCAGGCCGAGUUCGAGGCCGACCGCUACCACCUGAUCGAGCCGCUGCUGGAGGCGGAGCAGUACGAGCGGGCCACCAGUCUGGCCGAGAAGUACGCCGACUUCCGCGUCCUGGUGGAAGUGUGCGAGCGCACCAACAGCACUGAGAGGCGCAACAAGUACCUCGCACAGUUCGCUGACCAGGGAUUCGCCAGCUUCGUGUUCAACUGGUACCUGGACCAGGGCCGGCGCGGGCAGCUGCUGAGCCAGUGCCGGCAGGCCGAGCUGGCGGGCUUCCUGCACGAUUACCGCGGCCUGCGCUGGCUCAACGAGCUGGAGGCCGGCCGCUUCGCGCAGGCUGGAGACACGCUGGCACAGUGCGCUGACGCCGAGACCGAGUUCCUGACCAGGAAGAAGACCUACCUGAGCCUGUCGAAGCUCUGCGCUUUGGCAGGCCAGCAGGGCGAUGAGCUGGAGGUUCGCCUGACCAAGCUGAAGCCGGCCAUCGAGCUGAGCCAGCUGCAGGAGCAGCUGCCUUCCUCCGUGCUGGAGGCGCACGGGAUCGACGCUGAGACGAUGCACGUGCUGUCGCCGCGCGAGCUGAUCCUGCUGUACGUGUCGCCGGAGAACGAGGGCGCCAACGAGUUCGACUUCGAGCGGGCGUUGGAGCUGGCCGAGUCGGCCACGCUCGAGGGCGGCGACGAGGAGCGCGAGCAGCUGCGGCUCGAGAUCUGGUGCCGCGCCGUGCUGCGCGACUUGUGGACCGGCCUCGACACGGACCGGCCGCUGGAGGCGUGCCGGGACACCCUGCUGUUGCGCACCAUCAGGGGUCUGCAGCGGUCGGGCCGGCGGCCGCUGCACCUGCUACCGGAGCUGAACCUGCUGCUAGACUGCAAGCAGCUCAGUAAGCUGCGCGGUGACCGCGACUUUGCGUUCCUGCUGGGUGCCGUGUACGAGUACGUGGAGCGCUUGGAGGCCCACGUGGGGGAGCAGGCGUGAGCGGCGGCACGGGUGGCGCACGCUGGGCCGGCUCAUGCGAACAGUGCUCGUGCCAGUGUCCGGAGCAGCGACUGCCGUCAUCGUGGUCGAGGAUCUUGACGUUCCCGUGCAAAAGGACCUGGUUCACGGCAGUGGCGCCUUCAUCGUCGCGCGUGAAGCGUGCCGCACACCGUGUGCGCCGGUGUCCGUCUCGUCCCUCUCGCCUCGUUUCGUCCCUCUCGCCGCGUCUCGCCCGUCUCGGUCAUCGUUGGCUGGUUGCGGUGGACGUCUGUUUCGCAGCCACAUUGGCCGCUGGUUGUGGCGGGCUGAGGGACGGCCCAGGCACGUGUGACUGAGAUCGCCCGGUCCCCAGGGGCGGACGGUCAUCCAGUCCGAAGGGAGUCUUGGGCGACGAAGGGUUCAAGGCCGUACAAUACUGCCACUGCCACAUCCUUCCCGUGCUGGCAAAUGAUGGAAGGUUUCGUUCAGUUUGGAAUCACAGCC